AUGUACUUGCUCCGUCAAACGCGCAACUUGGCUUCACGUCUCUCCACACCCCGCCCCAUGACCAACGUCGCCUCCGAUCGCCCUCUCCGCGUCGGAAUCGUAGGUGCUGGACGUAUUGGCCAAGUGCACGCUCAAGGGGUACAGCGUACGAGUGCAGUUGUACAUUGCAUUCAGCUACCAGCUCGAGAGACGGAGCCAGAUCGCGCCAAAAGAAUCGCCAAGAAAUACGGCAUCCCCAACUGGACCAACGACGCGUCCGAAGUGUUGAGUCAUCCCGAGAUCGAUGCGGUGCUCAUCUGCUCACCAACAAACAGGCACGCGGAGCAGAUUAUCGAGGCUGCAAAGAACAAGAAGCACAUCUUUUGUGAGAAGCCUGUGGAUCUUGAACUGGAAGUUGUCAACAAGGCCAUCAGGGCGGUCGAAACCGCUGGUGUGAAGCUCAUGAUCGGGUUUCAACGGCGCUUUGAUACCAACUUCCUUCGCAUCAAGGAAGCCAUCGACCGUGACGAGAUUGGCAAGGUCAACGUGAUCCGCAUCACAAGUCGUGACCCCAGUCCGCCUCCUGUGAGCUACAUCAAGAGUUCUGGUGGGCUAUUUCGCGACAUGACAAUCCACGACUUUGACAUGGCUCGCUUCUUGGUGGGCGAUGAGGUGGACGAGGUUUACACCAUGGCGAAAAGCGUGAAUCCUGGCAUUGCAGCAGCGGGUGACAUCGACACGGCUGUGGUGCUGCUUAAGUUUCGGAAUGGAGUCAUCUGCUACAUUGAGAACAGUCGCGAGGCCGCGUAUGGUUAUGAUCAACGGGUGGAGGUUCUGGGCUCGAACGGCUCCGUGGCUUGCGACAACAAGCACGCAAACCAGGUUGUGGUGUCGACAGGUAAGAGUGUGCGCCGCGACUUGCCACUGCAUUUUUUCCUGGAGCGCUACAUGGACGCUUAUGUCGAAGAGAUGGAGGCGUUUAUCCGCGUGUGUACUACAGACGCGCCGGUUCCUGUAGGCGGUGACGACGGUCGUGAGGCUCUGUUGUUGGCUCUUGCUGCAAACAAGUCUGUUGCUGAGAAUCGCCCCGUUAAGGUUGAUGAACUGCGUGGUUGA